AUGCCUGACAGUGAUCAAAAGAUGAUACAAGCUGAACAGGGCAAUAUUCGGCCCAUGACACCCAACAAUAAUGACCCAAUGAGAGUGUUUGACAAUGAAAAAGUCGAGAUCUAUGAUCAAUCACACGUUUCUUUUGAAAGCAUACCCAGCCGAAGCUAUACUGCACCCACUGAGCCCAAACCUCAUAGAGGUUUGAAUGCUCGUCACAUUCAAAUGAUUUCCCUCGGUGGUUGUAUUGGGCAAGUAGCAAUUACUGGUUUGUUCUUGAACUCUGGACAAAACAUUUCUGAGGCUGGUCCUGCAGGUGCAUUGAUUGCCUAUUGUGUCAUUGGUUUAAUGGUACUACAGAACAACAAUAUAUGCAGGCUUCAAGUCGUUUACUGUCUUAUGACUUGUCUUGGCGAAAUGUCAACUUAUAUGCCAGUCUCUGGUUCUUUUAAUCACUAUGCUACACGUUUUGUUGACCCAGCUUUGGGUUUCGCCCUUGGUUGGAAUUAUUGGCUUUCGGCUGUUACUAUUGCUACUGGUAAACUCUCCAUUCCUUCGUUGGAAAUUUCUGCUGCUGCGACUAUCAUCAAUUGGUGGAAGCCAGUUAUGCCUGAUCCUGCUUGGUCCACCAUUUUUAUGCUUUUGGUUUUGGCAAUUAACUUGGUUGGGGUGAAGCUUUAUGGUGAAUUAGAAUACUGGUUUGCUUUACUCAAAAUUUUAAUUGUUAUUGUCUUUAUCAUUAUUGCUUUGUGUGUCACAACUGGCGGUCUUGGUGACCAAGUUAUUGGCUUCAAAUACUGGAGUGAUCCCGGAGCCUUUGUGAAUGGUGGUCUUGGUACAUUGAACGUCUUACUCUCUGCUGGUUUCUCUUUCAUGGGUACUGAAAUUGUCGGUAUCACUGCUGGUGAAGCAAAGAACCCUACCAGAACUGUUCCCCGUGCUAUUCGUAACACUUUCUGGCGUAUUAUCUUUUUCUAUAUCAUCACUAUCUUCUUGUUAGGCAUGUGUCUUCCUUACAACAACCCCAACUUGGCCAAUUCCAAUGGUGAUCCAGGCACUGCUUCCUUCACUCUUGUCUUUAGUCUUGCUGGUAUUGAAGUUGGUGCCCACAUCAUCAAUGCUGUCAUUUUGGUCAGUGUCCUGUCUGCUGCCAACUCUUCUCUUUAUACUUGUUCUCGUACUCUUUUGGGUCUUGCCAAGGAUGGUAAUGCUCCUCGCUUCAUGGGCAACUUAAACCGUUGGGGUGCUCCUUACUGGGCUGUCAUUAUCUCUUCUAUCAUUGGUUUCCUUUGUGUCUUUGUCUCUAUCUAUAGUGCCUCUGUUGCCUUUGUUUGGUUCUUGAGUGUUACUGCUGUCAGUGGCUUCAUUAGUUGGUGGGGUAUUGCUGUUGUUCACAUUCGUUUUAGACGUGCCUUUAAGGCACAAGGUCGUAGCAUGGAAGAUUUGCCCUACAAGGCUUUCUGUUACCCUUGGACUUCUAUCAUCGCUAUUGCCUUAACUACCUUUGUUACCUUUGGUCAAGGUUAUACUUCAUUCACACCUACAUUUGAUGCUGUUAAUUUUGUUACUGCUUACAUCGGUCUUGUCCCUGUUGCUGUCUGGUAUAUUGGUUACAAGAUCAUUAGAAAAUCAAAACUUGUUCCUUUGAAGGAAGUUGACUUUGAUACAGGUCGUGUUACACACCUUGAUAUUGAGAAAGACAAGGAAAUGGAUGAAAUUUUGCCUUGGUACAGAAAAGCACUUUCUUGGAUCCUGUAA